AUGAUGGAGGUAAGUUUUAAAAAUAAACUACCCCAGGAGGGUACCACCAAAAGUGGAGAAUCCCUCCCUGAGUCAAACUCAGGCUGCCCCACGUAUUCUGGGGGGGGCAAAAACUUACGCAAAGACACUGAGGAGGUGGGUUCCCAGGCCUCUUCGGUGCCAAAAGCUACUGGACCAAUCGACGACACUGGCAUAGUUACUAUGGAAAAUAACGAUAUGCAAAGCGAUAUGGAUAUUGGGGUGGGAACGCGCGCUCAAAUGGAGCGUGUGAGAACUAGGGGGAGAAAAGCUGGACCUAGUGGACUGUCUGCGGCAACGUCUGUAGACAGCCUCAUGACGGUCCAGUCAUACGAAGAGGACCGAUUGUGGGCGAAGCGCAAGCGGUCUUCUGGAGCGAGCUGCUCCGGCUCCUCCACAGAGGGACGAACGCGCACGGCCAAGAAGGGUGCCAAGAGGGGCAAGGGACGCUCGUCAACAUCGCGCACACCUGCGGCCUCUGCAAGGAAGGCUCUGGCGGAAAUGGUUGCCAACAGGAAAUCUCUUGUGCUUGUAGGCGGCAAGCCCGAGUUCGAGACUGAGCGAGAGACCCAGGUCUCGAGAAGCUCUCAGGCCGCGGACGCAGAAGCCGGUGGCGGGCGGACCGACGCCGAUGAAUCAACCGUAGCCCUCCGGCGCCGCAUUGAGGAGAGUCUUGCGGUCAUAGAAGCUAAAUCCUCAAACCUGAAGGGGACGUCGAAACGGACCCUAAAGGAUGCGUCGGAGGCGAUCCAAGAGGCGGUGGCACUACUUGUGCAGCGCACCGCCUCUGAAGAGACACGGCGGCUCCAGGCCGACAACUCUCGGCUGCAUGGGGAGAUUGCAGCCCUCCGCAAGGAGAUGGCGGAUAUGAAAGCCGCGCUUGGGGGCGCACAACAUGCGCAGCAGCAGCAGAUGGCCUCUGAUCUGACCGCGGACAUCAUGCGGCAGGUUGGAAAUAUGGUUAACGCCCGGCUGGAAGUGCUGGAGGAACGCCUACCUCCAGUAAGGCGCGUGAGGCCGCCACUGGCGGGGGAUGAUAUGACUAGGGGGAUGGCGGUUAGCCAAGUGCUAACUGAGGACUUCCCUGAACUCCCACCUACAAAGGCUACGAAGAGGGCGCCCGCAAAGACGGCGAAUGACAGUCGGGGCGAAAGGCGGGCUGUUGCACAGCCUGUGGGGACUGGUCCGGCCCCAGGGGCCGGUCAAGGGAAGGGAGGAAGGAAGGCGGAGCGGCGCUCCGGAAAGGUGGGCAACCUAUCGUCCGUACCGUCUACGUCAUCUGCUCCCCAGCAGCAACCGCCAAAGCAAGGGUGGACUCUGGUGGAGAGGAAGAAGGGGAAGAAAAGCAAGGCGGGGGCUAAAGGACAAAAAAGGGCUGCUAAACUCCGCUCUCCCUCGUCUUCGGCUGUGGUCAUAACCCUGCAGCCGGAUGCGGAGAAGCGCGGGGUCACGUACGCCUCUGUAAUGGCUGGGUCUCGACAAAAGAUCGACCUCGCGGCGAUCGGUGUCAGCGCCCUGCGCUUUAAGCGUGCCGCCACUGGGGCCAGAAUUUUAGAAAUUCCGGGCACUACAAGUGCUAAGGAGGCGGACGCCCUUGCUGAUAGACUGCGAGAGGUGUGGGACGAGGAUACUAUCAGGGUAUCCCGACCGGUAAAGUGCGCGGAGUUGCGGGUCACCGGUCUUGAUGAUUCGGUGGCUGCCGAGGAAGUUGCAGCUGCAAUCUCCCGGGUGGGUGAGUGCCCUGGUGACCAAGUUAAGUGCAGUGGUCUGCGUGUGGGCUCUAGAAGCUCCACCACGGCUUGGGUGAGUUGCCCAGUUGCCGCUGCGAAAAAAGUGGCGCAGGUUGGGCGCAUCCUUGUUGGAUGGAUCUCCGCGGGGGUCUCGCUUGGUGCAGUGAAGCCGCAACGCUGCUUCCGGUGCCUGGAGGUGGGACAUGUAAGGGCCAUGUGCUCGUCACCCACAGACCGAAGCAACGUCUGUUAUAGAUGCGGCGAAAAUGGGCACAAGGCUGCAGGGUGCUCUGCGGCUGCCGCUCAUUGUGUUCUCUGCGCCGAUGCAAAGCUGCCAGCGGGACACCGGCUUGGCGGCCCGGCCUGCAAGGCCCCUAAGCGGAAGAGAGGCAAGAGGCGCGAUGGCCUUGACAUCGCAUCGCACUCACGCCCUGCGCCAUCUGAGGUGCCCGUGGUGAUAGAAGGAAUGGAGACGUAG